UAUCAGUCUAAAAUCUAUAUAGUGUGACAAGCAGUUCAAAAGAACAAGAAGUGUCGGUAAUAUCUUAUAAUAACUUCAGCUCCUGAUUUAUUGAUUUCAGUAUGGCAGAUAAUUCAGAUCAAGUUGAUGCUGCAGCGGGUGGAAAAGGUCAGGUUGAUGAAACAGAUGCUAGAGGAACACGAAGUGGUGCAGGAGAUAUUGGUCAGACAGAGUAUGGGUUUGCAACGGGUGAGUUACCAGUAGAGAAGGAGUCGUCUCUGUUGUCAGACGAAUACAAGAUGAACUAUCCGAACAGAGGACUGGCAGUGAUAAUCAACAAUCGAGACUUCGCAUCACACACGAAUAUGGGAACUCGCACAGGGACAGAUCAAGAUAAAAUUAAUAUUAACAAUCGUCUGCGCGUGUUGGAUUUCACGACGGAAAUCUAUGACAAUAUGUCUAUUAACGAUAUGAAGAUGCUAAUGAAGAAGGCUGGCAAACUAGAUCACACACGAAAUGACUGUUUUGCCUGUGUGAUUCUCUCUCAUGGUGAGGAAGGCACAGUGUAUGGAACCGACGGUCCCGUGGAAAUUAAAGACUUGGUGGAGCCUUUCAAGGGACAUAACUGUCCAUCUUUAGCCGGAAAACCUAAGUUAUUUUUCAUUCAGGCCUGCCGAGGCCAAUCUUUUGACAAGGGAGUAACAGUCUGUGAUGCAUUGGGAGGGAAAGGUGGCUCCCUACCCAUGGAGCCAGUAACAUAUCGAAUUCCGACAGAGGCAGAUUUUCUCAUGGCUUACUCAGUGGUACCAGGUUACUUUUCUUGGAGGAACUCAACUCAUGGUUCCUGGUUUAUUCGGGCGCUGAGCGAGGUCCUCAAAGAACAUGCCGACACGCUCGACCUCAUGACAAUGAUGACACGGGUGAACAAAAAAGUCGCCUAUGAAUUUGAAUCAAACGCUGCAAAAGAAUUCAUGAACCAAAAGCAGAUCCCUUGCAUUACGUCCAUGUUGACGAAAGAUGUGUACUUCCGGCCGAAGCCUCAUUGACUGAAGCCCUCAACUUGAUUGAAGUUUUUCAUGAUUUUUCAUGUCAUUUAUUUUUGGGGGUGGGGUGUAGGCGGUGGGGUAUGUCCAGUUCAUCCAUACAUGUAGUAAUUAUGUGUCUUCAUGUAGCAUCACCUGCAUUCAAGGAAGUCGGUCCUCGUGGCUGGUAAUGGACUCUACAAGAUCUCAGAAUAUUUAUAUACUACUGCUUUUACUUGAUGUAAAUAUCCAUCACACUAACACCUGCAGGUAACCCAUCCACCAUUAACCCAUCCACCCACUCAUAGCCCUACCCCAUCCAGCCCCACCCUGGUCACCUCUCUAUGACACCAGGUGUACAUCGGUCUCAAUGCUGUAUUAAUUAUUGUAUAUUGUGACCUGUGUAAGAAGGUCACUUGUUAAUAAGAUCAUUUUUUGCCUGUGGGUUAAUACCUUUUCGUAAUUUUUAUAGAUGAUUUUAGGCGGUAAGCAUGGGAGUGAAAUUUAUAGUUUUGAAAUAAUAAUAGUGCUAUAAUUGUAUAUAUUUAAAAAUAAGAAGAAAAAAAACAUCACCCAACAACUCACCAUUCCAAGUGUAAGAUCUUAGAGUAAUUUUGAAUGUGCAGUGUAUGUGAUUCUGUGUGUAAUGUUUUUACUUUUAGUAUAUAAUGUUUAUUUUUUCAGUACUAUUGAUAUUGGUACACUGUUAUGUUCUACAUUAAAAUGGGAGAUUAAUAUCAAGCUGAAA